AAUUCUGAAAUUAGACGUCAGUGAACUGUGAGAUAAAUGAACACAUUUCAGGUCUGAGUUAAAUGAGAAAAGAACCAUUUGUCUAAAGAGGUGGGAUCAUGUCGUGAGGAUCUCGCGGGUUCUCGCGAUAUUUCUCGAACCUGACUGCGAGAGUGACACGAUUGCGGCUAAAAGAGGAAGCUAAGUAGUUACUUCAGACUUUAAGAAUCCCAUUUAAACAUGUCGGGGCGCUCGGUUCGCGCGGAGACAAGAAGCCGGGCUAAAGAUGACGUUAAGAAGGUGAUGGCAGCGAUCGAACGAGUCCGGAAAUGGGAGAAAAAGUGGGUGACCGUGGGAGACACGUCUCUGAGGAUAUUCAAAUGGGUUCCUGUAGUGGACACUAAGGAGAAAGAGAAGAGUAAAGUUCCGGCUGCUGCUGAGGUUCAAAUAAACAAUUUCUCUUCCGAGGAAACAACUGAAAACUCUUGCACAACUCUACUGGAUUACCAAGAUGAGAACAGCAGUCACAGCUCUCUCUCGGACUCGUUCCAGAGUAAAGUGAUCCCCGCUGACAGCAGCACGAACUCCAGUCCUCAGCGCAGUGAGCCCGUCAGCCCUGCCACUCACACACACACACACUCACACACACUCACACACACUCAAGAGUACCGCCCCGACGAGCCACCGCCACCCACGCUCGGCCAGGAGUGUAUGGAAGAGGCGUCGCUGCAGCGUGAGAUGGCUGAUGAACCGCCGACACUGAUUAAAGAAGAUAUUUUACCUGUUACAGCUCAGGAAGAGGAAGAGGAAAUCACCGGAGCGCCGCCUCUUAAAAGAGUGUGUACUGAACAGACAUCUGUUAUCCAGUCUACUCUGACAAGUUAACACACACACACACACACGCACAGAAUAACAUCUCAUACUGUAUACUCAGUGUGAUAAGACAUUCCUGUACUGAGACAUUCAGCGACCAGCACCAGCACUGAAUUUAUUACCUUUGUACCAGGUGUGAAGGCUCAGGUGUUACACUGCUGCAAGGCAUUCUGGGCAGCGAGUGAGGGAGCUGUAGUACUUUGCUCACACUCUGGAGAGUUGAUCAGAUACUGUAACUUUCUGCUUCACUGGAGUUUAAUGUCAAUUAUUAUUGUAAGAUAAAUGUUUAAGAAAUAUAUUAAAAAAUUUGACACCAUCCUACAGGUUGCACUACGCGACUACUUCCCCACCACAGAAAAGAAAAAUCGUUUUAGUUCAUCGUGCACAUGUUUAUCACUAAAAUAAGACAGAACUGAGGCCGGCGGUGUAAAGAGACGGAAUCACUCCUGAACAUUCUCAUGUGAAUAACAUCUAACCAUCUAACACACACACACACACACACACACACACAAACACAAAGAGUAAAAUUCCCUCACAGCGCUUUAUCAGCUUGAUAACUAGCUGCUUUGAUGUGAAUAUAAAAGUUAGUGCUGAAGUUUCGUCCUGCAGUUUAUCAACAUUUCCUUCAUGACUGGUACAAAUUUCAAAUUCAGACAUUAUCUUUAUUUUAUUUUUCUCAUUUUACAAAUUUCAUGCUCAAUCACUUGUUUAGAUUAUUGAACAUACCUAAAUUAUAUCCAUAUAUAUAUAUAUAUAUAUACAUACAACAUACUGUACGUAUACAUAAAUAUAGAUUCUAUUCUAGAGAAUUUUUAUCUUGGAGUUGAAAAAGGAGUAAAUAAUAAUAAUAUUGAGAUAAUUUAUGCAGUCUUAUUGUUGCGUUGAAUGAAAAACUGAAUUUCCUCCCCUUACGGUCGUGAUGGUUUUAGUUUAUUUUCUGUUUGUGUGUGAUGUCGGGCAUUUUUAACGUUUAUAAUUCUUCAUUAUCAUGAUUAUGUGAAUGAAAGAGGUUUUGAUUUUGAAGUGACAGCUGAUGAUGAUGAUGAUGAUGUUUAUUACUGUACACUGGUUAAGUGGCACAUUGAUGUUGAAUUUAUAUUAUUAUUUAAAAUGUCAUUAAAAUAUUAGAACCUU